AUGCAACAGUUUGCAGUCUCGUUCGAAUGUGGAGUUUCGACGAGCAAGGAUGUGUCUGGAAUGUGGGCCGUCGACAGUGGUGCAACGCACCACAUUUGCCACGACAAGACCAAGUUCGCAAGUUUGGCAGAGCGCAAUGAGGGCGAACUCUUGGUGGCUGAUGGCAACAAGGUGGCCAUCAAGGGUGUGGGAACCAUCAUGGAAAAGGUGGUUCUGCCCAACGGUGAAGAGCGUGAGAUCGAAAUCAAGAACGCGCUAUAUGUUCCAAGUAUGAGCAAGAACCUGCUCUCGGUGCCACAGGUUAACAGCCAUGGCAAGUUUCAAGUCGUGUUUGACGGGUACAAGAUGUAUGCGACUCUCAAGAACUCACAGCAAGUGGUGGCGACAGCGGAUCUCGUGGAUGGACUCUACUGGCUUUGGACGACUCAACGAUCAGCGAAUGUGACAACAAGUGAAACCAGUUGUGCCGAUCUACAUGCGAGAAUGGGUCAUGCUCCAUUCGAUGUACUUCGCAAGAUGAUCGCGACCAACAUGAUCAAGGAUGUGCGAGUCCCUCUCAAGUCGGGUGGAGCAACUACAUGUCGAGGAUGUCAACAAGGGAAAAUGGUCCAAAAACCAUUUCCAAGCAACCGAGACAAGCGCAGCUACGAUACGUUUGAGCUACUUCAUCUGGACAUCUGCGGGCCCAUAGAAAAGGAUUCGCUCGGUGGCAGCAAAUAUUUGCUGCUGAUCAUCGACGAAGCUAGUGGAUGCAUGAAGGGCUUUUGUCUACGAGUGAAGUCCGAGAGUGAAGACUACAUCCGGAAAUAUGUCACCAUGGUACAGACGCAAUUCUGUAAGAAGGUCAAGUUCGUGCGACACGACGGAGCUCGCGAGUUUGCAACCAACUCGCUUCAACUGUUCUACGAAGACGAAGGCAUUGAACAGCAGACAACGGUGCCGUAUGCACAUCAAACAAACGGAACAGCAGAGCGUGCCAUUAGGACUAUUGUCACGAUCGGCCGCAGCAUGCUUCAUCAUGCCAAACUGGACAAGUGUUUCUGGGCCGAAGCAGCGAUGAUGGCCAUCUACGUCAAGAAUCGACUGCCGUCACCUAAAGUCGUGCACAAGACCCCGUUUGAGAUCGUCUACAACUUGAAACCAAGCGUCAAGCACAUGCGAACAUUCGGGUGUCAGACAUACAUACUGACGCCUAAAGAGAAUCGACUCAAGUGGGAUCCAAAGGCUCGCGCUGGCAUAUUCGUGGGCUACGAAGAAGUUUCGAAGGCAUAUCGUGCUUAUGACAUCGAGGCGGGGCAGGUGGUUAUCAGCCGCGAUGUCAACUUCGACGAGCCCACCUUUGGACUUCAACUGCCGAUCACUGAUGAAGAUGUCGAUGACCUGGACUUCGAAUUGCUGGAUCUUGAUGACGAAGAGCUGCGUCAAAUGGCGUACAAGCAAACAGGCAAGCGCAAGAACCGACUCAAUGAUGAAGAUACAGCAGCUCCACGACCGCGUGCAGUGCGUCAACGACCAGGACUAGAAGAGUCAAGCGCGCCGGAAAACAACUCGUCACGCCAAGAAGAAGACGAAGAAAUGAAGGAUUCUGUUGAUUCAACACCGCCUGUGUUUUGGCGUGCGAGUGCAAAUGCCGUUGAAGCAGCAGUAGACUUAUCAGAGCCCUCAACAUUUGAAGCAGCAGUAAGCGGCCCUGACCAAGUGCACUGGAGAAAAGCAAUUCAUGCAGAGCUCGAGUCAAUGCGACUUCGCGGUGUGUUUCGUGCAGCCAAGCUGCCCAACGGACAACGCGCCAUUGGCACAAAAUGGGUGUUCAAGAUCAAGCGUAAAGCGGAUGGAUCUAUCGAGAAGUACAAGGCACGACUUGUGGCCAAGGGUUUCCGUCAAAGGUAUGGCAUCGACUACACGGAGACGUUUUCGCCUGUGGUCAAGUAUGUGACGCUGAGAAUGGUGAUCGCAAUUUCCAAGCAUUUUGGAUGGCCCAUCGACCAGCUUGAUGUGGUGACAGCUUUCCUGUAUGGCGUCAUGAAGGAACAAGUGUUCUGCGUGAUUUCUGAAGGCGUCCAACUUGACAGCCUCAAGCAAGCUUCGCGAGUGUGGAACGAGACGUUCGACGAGUAUGUGUGCUCCAUCGGAUUUCAAGUGUCAGGCUUCGACCCAUGUCUCUACAUCAAGACAUCGGACGGCCAUUGCGUGUUUAUACUGGUCUACGUGGACGACGUCUUGGUGACUGGAAGCUCGCUCGAGCUGAUUGCACAAACCAAGAACGACCUGAAGACGCGGUUCGAGAUGACGGACAGCGGCAAGUGUGCGUUUGUUCUUGGGAUCGAGCUUUUGGACGGUGAAGAUGGCAGUGUGACACUAUGUCAGCGUCGGUAUGUCGAUGAUAUCCUCAAGCGCUUUGGCAUGGAUGAUUGCAAGGCAGUCGCAAGUCCAGUCGACAUGAGCUCUCGACUUGUUUCAAGUGAUGCAACUACCAAGGUCGAUGCUCCUUUUCGCGAAGCUGUUGGUGCGUUGAUGCACCUGACCACUGCAACGCGUCCGGACAUUGCGUUUGCUGUGGGCUAUGUGUCGCGGUUCAUGGAAAAUCCCCAAGAAGAACACUGGGUUGCAGUUAAGCGUAUCUUUCGCUACCUAAAAGGCACCAAGACGCAUGGAAUUUGCUACAAGCCAAGUGCAAGGAUCGACUUCCGUGGAUAUUCGGAUGCGGAUUGGGCUGGUGAUCUUACCGACCGCAAGUCAACAUCGGGGUACACGUUCAUGCUACUCGGUGCGCCAGUGAGUUGGGGCAGCAAGAAGCAGCCAAGUGUUUCGUUGUCCACGACUGAAGCUGAAUACAUCGCACUCAGCUUGGCGAUUCAAGAGGGCAAGUGGAUUCAUCGUCUGCUUUGUGAGAUCGUGAUGGCUGCCAAUGAAGAAGGACCGGAACUCAUGAUUCAUGAAGACAAUCAGUCAUGUAUUAAGAUGACGAAGAACCCGGUCAACCACGGCCGUGCCAAGCACAUUGAUAUCAAGUACCAUCACAUCCGUGAUGAGGUCAAGCGCGGUGAAGUGAAGCUCAAGUAUUGUGAAACUGCGGUGAUGUUAGCGGACAUCAUGACGAAGGGACUUCAUGGACCACGCCACAAGGAGAUGACGACAGCUCUCGGGAUUCGUGAGCAUUCGGAUUGA